AUGUCUUCUUUGGGGAAUUCGAACAAUAUAUUUUGGCAAGAAUGUCCUGUCGGGAAGUUGGAAAGGCAGAAACUACUUAACCAGAAGGGCUGUGUUGUAUGGAUUACAGGUCUCAGUGGAUCAGGGAAAAGCACGCUGGCAUUUUCACUAAAUAGACAACUGUAUUCUAGGGGGAAGCUGUCCUAUGUUCUUGAUGGCGAUAACCUUAGGCAUGGGCUCAACAAGAAUCUUGGUUUCAGUGCUGAAGAUCGAACUGAAAAUAUAAGGAGGGUUGGGGAGGUGGCAAAGCUCUUUGCAGAUGCUGGUACGAUAUGCAUUGCUAGUCUGAUAUCACCAUACAGAAAAGACCGGGAUGCUUGCCGUGCAAUGUUGCCAGAUUCAAAUUUUAUUGAGGUUUUCAUGAACACUCCUCUAUCAUUGUGCGAGUCAAGAGAUCCUAAAGGCCUUUACAAGCUUGCACGUGCUGGAAAGAUCAAAGGUUUUACUGGCAUAGAUGAUCCAUACGAACCACCUUUGCACUGUGAGAUAGAAUUACAACAGAUAGAUGAAGCCUGCCCCGCACCAACUGUUAUGGCUGAGCAAGUAAUGUCGUACUUGGAAGAGAAAGGAUUUCUGCAAGAUCAAUUGAUAGUGCUUAGAGAACCUGGCAGGAUGUUGUUGAAUCUGUACACUGUGUCUUCAGAAAACACCAAAGACAAAACACAGGGGAAUUCUGCAAGAGACAGGAGGGAUACAGAGAUGGUUCUAAACAGCAAUCUGAUGUUGACAGUAGCGAACGUAUCAGCAAAUUUGUGCCAAUACAUAGCGUGCAACCCAGAACGUUUAAGCAGCGACCAAGUUCUGCAUCUCCUCUUUUGUCUCCCUCUUCGUCACUUUGGCCGUAUUGCUCUCUCUUGCUGGACCUAUCUUUGCUACAACCCCAGACCAGCCAAUCUGCCUGACUCUGAUUCUGAUUCAGAUAACGAUUCCCACUCGGAUUGA